CGUUACUGGGAGAGCUACCACAAGUGUGUCCUUUGCUGAGAAAAACGAAGACUGCUGCCCCUCUCAGGAUGGAACGAGAAGCCAUGAAAUCCCUGAUUACAGAAAACUUAGAUGAUUGCCUACUGGAUAAGGUGGACUUGAGACGCCAGUGCAUUUCCCAGGCUGUGGAGGAGGUACAGAAAGUCAUCUGCUGUCUGACCACGGAAAUCAGCCACCACGAUAUCCGAUUUCAAGCCAUCCCUUACUCUUUCACGUACAAUGGCAACAUUAAGGUUUUGGCCCCCAGCCAGUUUCUUGUCACAGUCCCGGUGAGGGGCCUGGCUGGGUACAGGGAGACCAGGGAGCAGCGCUGGAGGUACUACACCCUGGAGGGCACCCGGCUGCCCUGCCCCUUGCGAAACCCAGAGGGCCUGCAGCAGUGGCUGCAGAUACAGCAGUUUAUGAAGAGCCUGUGGCAGUGGCACGAGGCAGAUGUGAACAUCGAGGGAGACAUUGUACCCGCCAAGGUCCUCCAGGUGUUCCGGAAACUGGUAGAAAACGCAAUUGAAACCUGUUGCCUGUCAGGAAAGGUCAGCAUGCUAACAAACAGCAUUGCGGUGUGGCUUGCCGUGGAAACCUCCCAAGGUCAGGUGGAACUAGAGCUGGCCCCCGCAGUGGAGAUCCCCAACGCCUGGUCCAAGAAAGCUCGGUGGCCUCGGUGGCCUCAGUGUCUGACGCGCUGGCCUCCCCGAGAGAGAGUGAGGUGCAUCAAGUCAUUUGGAUUUACCUUGUUGGCCCGGUCAACUUAUCACUGGCAGCUGAGCUUCGUGCAGGCCGAGCAAAUGCUGCUGGAGCAGCUGGACGAGGAUGGGGGCUGCCGAAGGAAGUGUCUUCAGGCCAUGAGGCAGAUGAAGGAGGAUGUCUGGUGUCCGGGAGAGAGGCCUGUUAUCACCUCCCACCAUCUGCAGACAGUGCUCUUUUGGACUUGUGAGAAACACCCCCACUCCCACGACUGGCAGGUCUUCAGCAAAGGAUUCCUGCGCCUGGUGAGGAAGCUGCACAAGUGUGUGAGCCAGCACUUUCUCAAACACUUCUUCGUGCCGAAGAGCAACCUCUUUCGGUAUGCCAACACAGGGGAACUGGACGCCGUGGCCCAGAAACUGGCCCUCUUCCUGAAGGACCCCCAGAUGGACUUGCCCUGAGGCUGUGCCAGCCUGGGGGCUCUUGGACAUUUCAUUCUGGCUUGACCUCUGUGGACUGUUCCAGUCACAUGCUCAGGAGCGAAGCUGCGUACGGCAGAGCAAUUUAUAUCGGCCCAGGAGCGCUCAAGAGGGAAAGCCUGUGUCCUCGGAUGUCUGGCCCAGGCAUCCGUGGAGCCAAGCAAGCAUUUCAGCCCUCCCUAGCUACCUCUUAGGGGGACAACUCUCAUCAGGCCUCCCCAAGCCACAGAUUCUGAACUGAGGACAGUUCUGAAUUUAUUUUCCCUUGCUCAGGUGCUGAUAGUUGGAUGGGGACCCCCAGAAGGCCAGGUGUCAGCCUGCUGCCCAGCAGUGUUUCUCCAUCCCACUGACCACAGGCUCGUUAUUUUUCCAUUUGUGACAUGGGACUGUUACCAUGCCUCCCUGAGGGCAGGGCUGUGACCCUGUGGGACUGUGCGGGGGCUGUUCCAAGGAGAAGGCAUUGGAUUAACAGUGUUCCUCACUGGUUUAGUGGCUGGCGUUUGCAUUCUGCAUCAGUAACCUUCCCGCUGAUUAAACGGUUCCGUCCGAUGCGUUAGCGCGCCUGUGUAGCCUUCAGUGCUCUCCAGCUCUCCUAAGCAGUGGUUCCAGGUUUGUGGUUCUCUCUCUGCAUCCCUGGUGUUCUCCAAGUAGAGGAAGUGGUUUUGAUGACUAGUGUCAGUCAGAGAUGAAAGGGCAGCGCUGUCUGCCACCUUCCUCUCUCCACUGCCCUCGCCUUGCUUCCCAUGCUGUGGGGCAGGGAUGGGACUUCCUUAGAUCCAUGCAUGAACUCAGUGCUAUGACCUGCGUGGAAUGACUCGGGUAUCAUUCACGUCUCAACACCUCCCUUUGCUCACUUCACUCUGUCACUCAUUCAUUGAUAAAUAUAUGCUCACUGGGCACUGGGACUACAACAAAGAGCAAGAUGGACAAGGCUUACCCGAUGGAUGAGGCUUAACGGCGGAGACAGGAGAUGAACAACAGAUAAAUAAACGCAAUUAUUACAAAUUGUAGCAAGUGCCCUGAAGGAAUAAACAGAAUAUUGAAAUAGAGCCACAGAGAGAUCCUUGAAGGAUGAAACUGGUGAACAGCUGAAGGGGCAGGGAAGGGAGCCAGUGAAGACUUGGAGGGAUGCCCUCAUCAGUCAGAUCACGUGGCGUUGGAAAGCUGAUAAGCUUGUUUCACCACCGUGGAAGUACUCUGCUACGACCUACUUUGAAGAGUGAAGUAAGCCAAUCAAGUAUUCAUUCUAAGAUGAACAGAGAAGCAGAAUAUACAGAACCGUCCACUUUUCCUGACAGUUUUCCUGGAGGAAGGCCACAGAAGCUGAUGUUCACAAGAAUAGUAAAGGGAUCUGGAUGGAAAAUAGGGUGAAACUCUGCUAUAAUAACCAGCAAUAUCUGCUACAGCCUAUAAUUGGCAUGAAACUCUUCUGCAGCUUGAAGUGUGAAUAGGAACUCAGCUGUUAAAAUGUUCACAUCCCACUCUCUCCUGAGCUGUGUGCAGCUGAGGAUGCUCUCUGCUUAGACUCCAAGGUCACACCCACAUACUCAGCCACAGUAUCCAAAGUAGGUCCUUCGUGCUGGUGUGGUGGGUCCAGAGAGAGAGGCUUCAGUCCCUGGUUACUUCCUGUGCCACAAUCAGCAUUCCCAUCUAGGCCUAGCAUUGACUUCAGUGAGUUUCUCUUGGGGGUCUUUGUGCCUUUUCCUGCCAGCCAAUAUCAUUCAGAACCAUCUCAGUAAUUGGAAAGAUUAUAAAUAUGUCAGGGUCUAGGACUCCUAGGUUCCAAGAGUUUCUUUGACUUGAAGCAAAUUGGCCCAAUUUCUCCCUAGGGGUAUUUGGAAGAGAAGGUUUUGUCAAACCCCAAAAAAGUUCCUGUCACUUCUUUUCCCCUUUAAGUAAUGGAUGCCUACAAGGCUUACACUGAGGGAAUGCUCAAGUGGUUUGAGAAUAAAGAUCUGCCCUCAUGUGGCCUGCUCUCUCCCCCCAGGGAUUAAACAAUUGACAUACUAAACGGCAGCUUCUUUUGCUAAAGUUCCACCUAAGUUGGUAGUAUCUGCUCAGCCCUAGUAAAAGCCUUUUCAAUGAAGUGUGAGACUUUCUAUCUUUCUACUCUGCAGUGUAGUUCUUUGUAUCCAUGUCUUCUUCUUGACUAAGUUCUUUGGGGGCGGAAUCCAUCACUAAUGCUUUAUGUCCCCUCCCCCCAAACCCCUUUCCCUAGUGGAUUCUUGGCACAGAAUAGCUGCCCAAUGGAUAUCUGUAGAGUGAACAAAUGAAUGAAUAAUUGAAUUAAUGGUGACUCCUGAGAUAUCCAAGAUGUGCACACUUCAUCUUAUUAGGAUCAGGUAGUUCUGCCAGCUCCCAGGAAAAAUCAGAUCCAUGAUUGACUGUUAAAAUCUUAUGAAUCUGAAUGCAAGGCAAGAGAGCCUUUUUACGUUAGUGCCAAUCAUACAUGAUGAAGUCAUAUAUAAAGAAAUUUACUUAUUUUCUAUUCAGGAACUUAAACUACGUCAGCACGGCCUUCUGUAAUAGAAGUCUUAGUGGUUGGUGUGUUAUUCCCAUAGUAAUUGUUAAAUAAGAAUAGAUACGUCUGAAGUGUUGAGGGUUCUUGACAGCAGUUGUUCUUUUCAGUGGUUUGAGCAUUCCUCAUCGAAUUGCAUUGUAUUUAAAAAUACUGCACAUCCAGAGCGCUCAGACAUUGCGAGUGGGAAUGUAAAUUGACACAGACACUCUGGCAGCAUCUACCAAAGCUGACCAAAUGUCUGCCCUCUGACGCUGCUGUACUGUUCUUGGGCAUACACCCAACAGGAUGAGUUCUAUGACCUCCAGUGAAAACAUACAAGAAUGUUCAUGGCAGCACUGUUUCUAACAACCCCAACCCAGGAAAAACCCCGGUAUCUCUCAACAAAGCGAAAACCUGAACUAUCUUCACACAAUGGCAUACUUCAUAGCAAUGCAAAAGGACUUGCUAACCAUUGCACACAAAGAAAGACAUACUGGUGAGAGAAAGACACUAGAUACAAAAGAACCUACGACAUGUGCCUUUAUUUAUGAGAAGGCCGAGAGCAGGCAAAACUAUACUGCGAUGGAGGUCAGAAUGGUGAUUAUAUUGGGGUGGCAUGCCACCUGGGGCGGGGCCAGAGAGAGCUCUCUUGUGUGCUGGAAUAUUCUGUGUGUUGUAGUAGUGGUCUCAUGGGUGUAUACAUAUGUAAACAUCCAUCAAGCCGUACACUCUUUGUGCCCUUUAUGUAACUUAUACCUCAAUUAGAACAAUACUAUGAAACCGAGUUCUAUAUAAAAAAGAAGCACCGUGGAUUACAAUAAAAAAUGUUUAAAAUAGAGUGCUUGCUCUGGAAGAGAUUCAAAAUUAAUUAUGGAAGAUAAGAUAUUAGAUGAGUGGUCCAAGUGAAUGUUGUAGGAUUGCAAAGAAGGGAUGGAACAGGGAGGUAAAAUGGAGCCUGUGGUUUCUGAGUUCAGCGCUGAGCAUCCUAUGCAUGCUUGCUCCACUAGUUCUUUUCUCUUUCUUAAAUCUCCUUUACAGUCUGUUUCUCCUGUGCAAUAAGUAUGUUCAACUCUCUUCUAUUGAAUUUUCCUUCUCCACACAUGCUCCAAGCUCUUUCUGUCCCUUCCUGAGUUUCCGGAUGGAAUAGUCUACCUACGGUCACCACUUCUGUUUUCAUUCACUUCUUGAACUGCUACUUUCGGGCUCCUCCACAAAUACCCUCACAGAAUCUUCUUUCACCUGGUCACCUCUAAUGACCCAGGUGCCAGACCUAAUGGCUUCUUUUUAGUCCUUAUAUUCCUUGACCUUUGGAUUGUGGGACACUGUUCAACACUUCCCUUUUCUUCAGAAUUCACCCUUCCAUUGUUGUCUGAUAAGACAUCUUCUCUUACCUCUUUGCUUGCCCUGCGUGGUGGGUUCAUUUUCCUCUGCCCUGGCAUUCUCUGGAAUGACAUCCUCAGCUCUCUCCUCUGUACGUGUUGGGGCUCUCCCUUGGCAAGCUCUGCCCUCCAUCUUCUGAUGUCUUUGGGACCUGAGAUCUCCAGAUCACAUCUCUCUCAGGAACACUGAUUUCUGUACACACAGCCUGAUGGGUACCUCUGUUUGUCUUUCCCAUACAGAAAGCAAGUGCAACAUAUCAUAAACUUAAAUCGUCAUUUUCUCCGUCACAUUCUUCCUUUAAACCCAAUUGUCAUUCAGUGAAUGGUGCUUCCAUCCACUCAAAGAAACGAGGAAGUCACCCCUGACUUCCCCCCCAUUUCUCCCUCCCCUAUAUGCUGCUGGUGACUAAGGCCUAUUGGUCCUACAUUUUGAAUGACCUCGGGACUUUCUUUUAGUUCCUCGUCAUCGCUCUCUUGGAUAUUAUAAUAGUCACCUUUCUCAUAUCCUCACCCUCAUCUAGGGUGUCCCUGAUGCCCUCCCUACCACUGGAAUCUGAUCACCCCUCUUUCCAGCUUCCCUUCCAGGAUCAGCACCAAGCUCCUUAGCUUGCAUCGCCACCUUCAAUGUCUUCAUUAUCUCAUCUUCUUUUCAGACUCACCUGCUGCCACUUUUUCUCAGGCAGUCUGAGCUCCACCCAUAGACAAUUCUAGCACCUCUCCAAAUAUUCCACACUCUCUUGUCUGCAUGAAUCCCUCUCUUCCCCUUCUCACCUCUACCAGGGAACUCCUGAUUGUCCUUCAAAUCCUGACUCCUACAGAUGGGGAUGGAGCCUCUGUUCUCCCUGCUCCUAUAACACUCACAACGUUGGAGCUGUUUGCGUGUUUUUCCCACUGGCUAAACUCUCAGCGGGCAGAUAUUUCAUCUUAUUCAUCCUUGGAUCCAAGGCACAUGGCUCAGAGUUGGUACUCAAAAAUUUAUUGCGUAAACAAGUAAACGUUCAGCCCUUGGGUACCUAGACUGUUUUGCCUCAAAGAUACAUAGCUCAGCAACUGCAUUUCUAGCACCGUCAUUGUUUCUAUUUCUGAAUCUAAUUGCUAUUGCACAAAAUUGUUAGGGCAGAAACUGCAGUAAGUGAAAUGGUCCAGCAACUUCUUUGCAAUGCAAAUGCUCCAUGCUCUUGCGAAAUCGCUGCAGUCCUAAAAGGGUGUAGGCCUUUGGAAUUUUAGGCAGGAAAAAAAAAAUUCCUGUUCAGUUUGCUGCCUGGAAAAUUCUUACCCCACUGCUAGAAAGCCCCUUCCUCCAGGGUUGCUCCAGGGUCCCCUCUCCCCAGUUCAGGAUAACCAUAUUGAAAAAUCACAAAUCUAAGAAAUCCAGGAGAAUCCAUGGGCAUGUGAAUUGCUGUCUGGGCCAAAACCCAAGGCCCAAGGGUACAGAGUUCUCCUUCUUUAGUCCCUGCAAAAUGCUGGAUGUCCUUCCUGGUGGCAAGUUCACAGGGUCAUGGGAUACCCCACACAGAGAUCAGCCAACCAUGAAUUUACCUGAAACUUCUUUUCAUGUACUUUCUGCCCUCACACUCUGGCUCCCUCUUGAAUAAUGAUUUCUGUGAGUUUAUUGCUUGCUGGAAACAAAAUAGCAUUUCCUUUCAUUUAACCUAAAAGUCCUCUGGCUCCAAUGUCACCAGUCCCUUCCUAAACCUACAACGCUGGAAUUGUAUAAACAAGCACUUGCUCCCCGAGCCUUGUGUGUCCGACUUUAGGGACCUCUCAAGCUGCCUCUCUCAGUCUUUAGCUUUCCAGACCGAAGUAAAUAUAAGGUGUUUGGAAGAAGGCCUCAAACAUAAUAAAUAAUUGAACGAUGACUAUGGAGCUGAAUGAUGGUAACAGCUGCCUUUAAAGAGGUAUUCCGAUUCUUGCCACGAGUCUGAGCUGUGAGAAUUAACUAAUAAAGCACUGGCAAGCACAGCGUGGAGAUAAAACAAAUGAGGGUGCUUAGGUUCCCCCCUUGGGACAGGGCCUGGGCUCAUUUGUUCCCAGAUCUUCUCCAGAUCUGUUCCUCUUUCCACGCCCGAUCAUUUCCAUUAUGUGUGCGUGGCAGCCUACCUUUGUGAGAUGGCUGGACACUGUGCCAAACCUUUCUGAGAACGGUAUCCUUGUGCAGGGACCAUUGCUCUCCUACUAGGAGGGGAAAACGGAUAAGGAAGAUAGGAGAGGGAAAGAGGAAACCUAACAAAUGCCCAGCUGCUAUUUUAUGCCAGGCCCUGUUCUAGGGACUUUGCACAAGUCAAGUCUUGUAGCCUUCGUGAUAACUUCUGAAGCUUUGGGAUCCCUGAUAAAGAAGCUGAGGUUCUCAGAGGCUGGGGACCGUGCCCAGGAUGCUAGAAGCAGUGGGUCUGGACUUCAAAGCCAGACCUAUUAGAGCCCAAAACUCAUGCUCUGUUAAUUGCACAUACCCAGGGGACUCUGAAGUUGCAUGUGACCCUCCCACCCCCAUAGAGGCAUGGCUUUGGCCCCUGUCCAGGGCAGCGGACCUGUUUCCCUUCCUGCCUUUCCUACCCCGCCCCUUUCCCCUGCAGACUCAUUGCUGGAGCCCACCCGGGCCCACAUGGUGCCACAUGAGCUGGCCGGCUGCCCCUCCUUUCUUUUCCUUGCCUUAUCGCCUUGCAGGAAGCACAGGGACGAGAUGGAAACAAUGACUCAUUGCUAGAAGAAUAAAAUCUUAAGUGGGGGCAGCCUGAGUGGUGUGGCUGAUGGUCUGACAAUGGAAGAAUGU